AUGUCACAAUUCAAGCGCUUAUUACCUGCUCCACCACCAAUUGAAAAUGCUUGGAUAUCAAAUCAAUUAAUAGAUAUCAAACAAGAAGAAGAUAACGUAGACGUAGAAGUAGAACUAGUACAAGAACAAGAACAACCAUCUCUUGAUCAAUCAAAAUUGAAAUUAAAAUCAUUAAAUAAAACAUACUAUAAAAACACUAUCAAAUCAUCAAAUUCAUCUCAAAUUGAAACCCAACCUGACUCCCCUGAAGAAUUAGUGUCAGUUGGUAAAAAUAUCAAAAUUAAAAAACCAAAAUUUCCAAAAAAUAGAUCAAAUGAUCAUUAUUCAAAUUAUCAACAUCAAAAUAAUAUACCAAUAAUUUUAAAUUCUCCUCAAUUACCUGAAUUACCACAUCCAAUUCCAAUACCUAUUUAUAAUCCAAUGCCAUCAUUAUUAUUAAGUCCACAAUCUGAACCAGAAAAUGAAUUUGAACCAGUUAUAUCUCCUUCAAAGAAAAAUUUAAUUAAAAAACAACUUGAAUAUUAUUUUUCAAUUGAAAAUUUAUGUAAAGAUUUAUAUCUUAGAUUUAAAUUAAUGAAUAAAAUAGAUGGAUCAAUUGAUUUAAAAAUGUUAAUAAAUUUUAAUAAAAUUAAAAGAUUGACUAAUAAUGGUCAAAAUUUCAAAAUUUUAAUUGAAGUAAUUAAAACAAUUCCAUUUUUGAAAUUAAUUAAUGAUGAUAAUGCUGUUAUAUUUGAUGAUUGGGAAAAAUGGAUUAUUAAGUAA